CGCGAGUUGGCUAAACGUUUGGGUGACACCACAAUCAAUGCCUAUUCACUACAUCCCGGACUUGUAGACACUGAAUGGUACCGACAUAUUGAGUCCCCUGUUGUCAAGUUUAUCGCAAAAAAUUUCAUCAAAAUGUUUGCCAUGUCUGUCGAGAGGGGCACUCAGACCACCCUUUACUGCGCUCUCGAGGAAUCACUGGACAGUGAAUCCGGAUUUUAUUAUGAAAAUUGUUUACUCGUGGAUAACAUGUAUGCGAACGCGACGGACGAUAAAAGUGCGGAACUGUUGUGGCAAUUGAGCGCAGAUUUAGUAGUGAUCAUAACCGGUGCCAACACUGGUAUCGGCAAAGAGACUGCAUAUCAGUUGACAUUACGUGGCGCUAAAGUAAUCAUUGGCUGUAGGGAUGAGUUGAGGGCAGAGAAUGCCAUCAAAGAGAUUGUGUCGAGGAAUCCAAACGCAAACAUAAUUCACAUUAAACUCGAUUUGUCUUCUCUUCAGUCGAUUCGGGCAUUCGUUCAACAAAUCUAUGAAAACGAGACGAAAAUUGAUAUUCUUGUGAAUAAUGCCGGCGUUUGUCUCAUACCUGAGUCCACCACUGAAGAUGGCUUUGAGAUGACUUUCGGGACAAACCAUUUGGGACACUAUCUCUUAACACUUCAAUUACUACCACUAAUAAGCCGCGCACCGAAGGGUCGGGUUAUCACUGUUUCGUCGGCAUUGCAUGCAUUGGGAAGCAUUCACUUCGAGAACAUACACCUCCGUAACGGCGCUUACGAUCCUCGGAAGGCCUACUCUCAGAGCAAAUUAGCCAAUAUUUUAUUCACCAGAGAACUGGCUAAACAUGCCGCGAGAUAUAUGACUGGUAUUCAGAAACAUAUGUUAAAAAUAUUUCAAAUCCUAUUCCUCAACGUCGAGAGGGGCUCUCAGACCACACUUUACUGCGCUCUCGAAGAAUCACUGGACAACGAAUCCGGUUAUUAUUAUGACAAUUGUUUACUCGUGGAUAACAUGUAUGCGAACGCGACGGACGAUAAAAGUGCGGAACUGUUGUGGGAAUUGAGCGCAGAUUUGUUGCGUGUUUCGGGGUCUCUGUUUCGGGUUAUAAACAUUUCGUCCGCUUUCUAUGCAUUGGGAAGCAUUCACUUCGAGAACAUACACCUCCGUAACGGCGCUUAUAAUCCCUCGGAGGCCUACUUUCAGAGCAAAUUAGCUAACGUUUUGUUCACCAGAGAACUGGCUAAACGUUUGCCACAAAAAUCCUCAGUCAAUGUCUAUGCACUACAUCCCGGAGCUGUCAAAACAGACGUCGCCCGCUCUAUGACUGUUAUAAUUACCGGCGCCAACGCCGGCAUUGGCAAAGAGACGGCAUAUCAACUAUCACUUCGUGGAGCAAAGAUAAUCAUUGGCUGUAGGGAUGAGUUGAGGGCAGAGAAUGCCAUCAAAGAGAUUGUUCGAUUCGCGCAUUCGUUCAACAAAUCUAUGAAAACGAGACGAAAAUUGAUAUUCUUGUGA